GGGCGAUAAACCCUUGGCUCAGCGUACCUGCCCUCUGGGCCCUGCUGCCCCCGCCCCGCCGCCCCGGUGGAGGCUGCGCCUGCUCCCGCUCCUGGCCCCGUGUGGCGGCCGCAGCAAACGAUAAAGGAGUGUUUGCGCCGUGGUGGGCUGGGGCCGUGGGUCGAUUUACUUGCCCGUGCCUCUAAGGCAGCACUUGGCUGCGGCACAGCUGCUGUCCCGACCCAGGCCUGUGCCUGGCGCCGUGGUGCCCGCGGCCCGUCCGGGGGUGUCGGGCGCGGAGGCACCUCAGAAGUGAGGGUGUUCUGGUGUGGCGGGGGGCGCUGUCAAACGUGGCUCAGGCUUGCGAAAGCCAGGGAAGGAUGUAGGUAAACGUGUCAGUCUUACUUACAGGCUGCUGGAAGCACUUUGGUUAGGCUUCAGGGCUCCACGGGGAAUUCCCGUUCCUGAUAGGGAUUGCAGAUGGAGGCAAGGGAAGUACUCGAAAGCUGGACUGAAAAAGCAGUUUUGCAGUGAGCUUUGUGUGGGAAAAACAGGCACUGGAGAGUAAAAUGUUUAAGGUUUAGCAGGUGCAACUGUUUUGGCCAAGACACGAGAGCAGAAGGAGCCCUGGUUAUAUGGAAGUUUCAUUCUCUUUGCUGAAAUACUUUCCUUGACUGUAAAGCAGUGUAUUUUUUUCCAGCUUCAAAGGAAUGGAGUGGAUAAAAGCAGACAUAGUUAUUCUUUAGAGCUCUUUACCUCUUUUCCACCCCUGGUAUAUUAAAGUGUAGCAAUGGUCCGUAGUGGAAAAAAUGGUGGGCUCCACCUGAAGCAGAUUGCCUACUACAAGCAAACAGGGGAGUAUCAUCCCACAACAUUAUCAAGUGAAAGAAGUGGAAUCAGGAGAGCAGCCAAAAAAUUUGUUUUCAAAGAAAAUGAAUUGUUCUAUGUUGGAAAAGACGGGAAACAAAUGCGCCUGGUAAUUGUUUCAGAUGAAGAGAAGAAAAAGGUACUUGAGAAGUGCCACAAGAAUGCUGCUGGCAGUCAUCAUGGCAUAUCAAGAACGCUGACUUUAGUGGAAUCUAAUUACUACUGGACCUCUGUAACAAAUGAUGUCAAGCAGUGGGUGUAUGCUUGCCAGCAUUGCCAAGUGACAAAGAAUACAACCACCACACCAUCCAAAAUAGACCCUAUCAAAGCAGAGGACCCAUGGACAGCUGUCACUAUAGAUCUAAUGGGACCUUUUAAUGUUACCAACAGAAGCCACAACUACAUCAUAAUUAUGACAGACUUGUUUACAAGAUGGACUGUUAUCUUGCCGCUGCACGACACUUCAGCAGCUGAAAUUGCAAAGGCAAUCAUAAAUGUGUUUUACUUAUAUGGGCCACCUCAAAAAAUGCCUAUUGAUCAAGGGAAGGAGCUUGUUUAUCAGAUAAAUGAAGAGCUGUUUGCACUGUUUGGAAUGAAACAAAUUGUGUUGUCUUAUCCUCAGACAGAUGAUGCAAAUGAAAGAACGUGUAAGACAAUCAAAGCUUUUAUUAACAAAUACUGCACCAACCAUCCAAAUGACUGGGAUGAACAUUUGUCUGCUAUUGCCUAUGCUUUCAAUUUGACAAAUUUGGAGCCACAUCAAAACACCCCAUAUUUCCAAAUGUUUAAUCGCAACCCAUAUGUUGUUGAGCCAAUGAAUAUAUGUGUGGAAGGAGAAUACAGUAUGUUUGCCAAAAUAUUUGAAGCAACUAAAAAAGCUAGUCAAGCACUGGAAGAACAAAAAACCUCAGAUUGCCAGGUGGAGAAAAACACUUCAGGUGAGCAAAAUAUUAGAAACAAAAUCACUGUCAAAAGGAAGCCAAAGCAAUUAAGUACCCUUCGACUUAAAGUUGGUCAUGAAGUCCUCAGGCGAAGAAAAAACUGGUGGAAAGAUGGUCGUUUCCAGUCAGAAUGGGUUGGUCCUUGUGUUAUAGAAUAUAUCACAGAUAAUGGCUGUGCAAUAUUAAGAGAUGUCACAGGAUCCAGGUUGAAAAGACCCAUCAAGAUGUCUCACCUUAAGCCAUAUGUAAGAGGGUCCAGUGAAAAAGACAAUCGGUACUUUUUACAAGGUGCAGUAGUUGUUGACCAUGACUAUAUUGGCUUAUCUGAAAGAUCCUAUAAUCCAAGUCAACAAGAGACCGUUGCUGAAGGCGAAAUAAAUGCCUACACAAGAGAUGUCAUGCCUGCUAUACAAAUGCUACCUGCAGCCUGCAAAGACCAAGAAUCAACAGAUGGUAAACAUCAUUCUGAGCUGACAGAGGAUCAUUGCAUUGAAUCGGACACUGCAAAGUCAGAGCAAUGGUCUUCACCUUGCUGGACACUUCAGACCAAGAUGGAGGAUACUUAAGUGUAGCCCUAUGUCACACUGCAUUGCUAAACAGUGGGGAACUUCUGUGGCAGACUGAAAAAAAUAUGUAAUUAGCUCCAACUUCCUUAGCCAAAUCCACUUUACUACUUUAUGAAUGUAAGAGUAGGUUUCCACUGGUUAAUUUGUAUGGGCUUUAAGAAAGAAUUGCUCUGUUACCAAAAACUUAGGCAAAACCUAGUAAAUGCACAUGUUCUACUAUUGUAUGACUUGCAAGGAUGUUGUAGGUGUCUGCCGAUUAAUUUAUGUGGGCCUUGAGAAGCGCUCACUUGGUGACCAAAAGUAUGAGUACAACCUAGUAAAAGCACAUUUUCACAUUGUACACUGGAAUUUCAGAUUUUGUUGAUAGAAUGGCAGUGUGGCCGCACCUUACUGUUAUCCUCUCAGGACACAAUGCAUUACUUCACUGUAAUGAUCUUUUCAUUAAUCGUUAGAUGACUCCUUCAUGUGCAGAAGUACUGUGGAAUGAAUAUAAUCUAAGCAAUUUGACGUGGAUUUUGCGUCUGCUGUAGGGAACCUCAUGUCCUUUUCCUGUUGUAUAACAGUUUCCUAUUCUUUCUGAGAAGUUGCAGACUCAGACUUUUACAGCUUUUAAUUUAUAUCUAACCCACAGCUCUAAGAUCUCACAAAACAGUAAUGCUGCCAAAAUUGAGUACGUCUAGUGUUCUGCACAUGAAACAAUGAGGCCUUCAGCUACUCCCCGCUCACCAAAACUCUGCUAGGGUGAGCAGUGUCGAUUUCUCAGGCAUGUCAAAAUCUUAAGAGUAUUCAUUUGUGUUUUCUUGACAAAUAUAUGGUUUCCCUUAUGGUUACAUCUUUCCAGAAUCAGUACAGGUUUGGAGAUUUCCACUGGCAGUGGUGUAGGAAAGGUGAAGCACUGGUAUUACUUACUUUCUGAAUUCCUGAGUGAUUUAUUACUGGUCUGGACUUCCUGGUGAGAAGACUGUAUUUCAAAGUCACCUGAACAGGAAUUACUUCAUGUGGAGAACUGAUGAGUGCAAGUCAGUUCUUUUUAUGGGGGACUGACACAAAGAGGAAGAAAACUAGCAGAAAACUGAAUUUAGUAAUUCAGCAACUUCCGUCUGAUACUUUGGAAGAGUUGCUUGUCUCACUCUCUGAACAUGUGCAUUCCCCCUCUGCUUCUGACUUGUAACACGGGUGGAGGAAAGUACUAUUUAUUAAGAGUUUUCAGUUAACCUGAGGUAAUAAGAUGUGGUCCUCAAGGUUUAUGAGGUAACUCAUACAGAAAUUCAUACCUCGUGUAUAGUAUGUCAGCUGUGCAAGAAGAGAGCUCAGCACCAUGACAGGAUUCUAUGUUAAAAUUCAAAUGAGAAAUGCUCACAGAAUCAUGUAGGUUGGAAAAGACUAACCUCAAGAUCAUAAAGUUCAACUGUUAACCCAGGACUGCCAAGUCCACCAGUAAACCGUGUACUUGGA